ACAACUAUGAGGCCGCGCAGGACGUGGAGCUGUCCCUGCAGGUGGGGGACACUGUUCACAUCCUGGAGAUGUACGAAGGCUGGUACCGAGGAUACACACUCCGAAAUAAAUCCAAGAAGGGCAUUUUCCCAGAAACCUACAUCCAUUUAAAAGAGGCCAUCGUGAAGGACCGGGGGCAGCACGAAACAGUGAUUCCCAGCGAGUUGCCACUGGGCCAGGAGCUCACGUCCACGCUGCGGGAGUGGGCAGUGAUCUGGCACAAGCUGUACGUGAACAACAAAACCACGCAGUUCAGGCAUGUCCAACAGCUCACCUACAGCCUGAUAGAGUGGAGAUCCCAAAUCCUCUCCGGGACCUUGCCCAAGGAUGAACUGGCUGAGCUCAAGAAAAAAGUCACUGCCAAGAUUGACUAUGGCAACAGGAUCCUGGGUCUGGACCUGGUAGUCCGAGAUGACAACGGGAACAUCCUGGACCCAGAUGAGACCAGCACAAUCUCCCUCUUCAAGGCCCAUGAAACUGCAUCCAAGAGGAUUGAUGAGAGGAUCCAGGAGGAGAAGUCCCUUCAGCAGAGUUUGGACCUCCGGGGGCAGCCAAUAUUCAACACCACACACACUUACAGCCUCUAUGUGAACUUCAAGAACUUUGUCUGCAACAUUGGGGAAGAUGCAGAGCUGCUGAUGAGCCUCUAUGACCCUGACCUCUCCAAAUUCAUCAGUGAAAAUUACCUGGUCCGUUGGGGCAGCAAUGGGAUGCCAAAAGAAAUUGAGAAACUGAACAACCUCCAAGCAGUGUUUACUGACUUGAGCAGUUCUGACCUGAUCCGGCCUCGGAUCAGCCUGGUGUGCCAGGUCGUGCGCGUGGGACGCAUGGAACUGAAGGAUGGCAAGAAGCACACGUGCGGGCUCCGCAGGCCUUUUGGCGUGGCAGUGAUGGACAUCACUGACAUCAUCCACGGGAAGGUGGACGACGAGGAGAAGCAGCAUUUUAUCCCCUUCCAGCAGAUUGCCAUGGAGACCUACAUCAGGCAGCGCCAGCUCAUCAUGUCCCCCCUGAUCACCUCCCAUGGCAUUGGCGAGAACGAGCCCCUCACCUCUGUCUUCAACAAAGUCAUCGCCGCCAAGGAGGUCAACCACAAAGGCCAAGGUCUAUGGGUCUCCCUGAAGCUGCUCCCUGGGGAUCUGGCUCAGGUUCAGAAGGAUUUUUCCCACCUUGUAGACAGAUCCACUGCAGUGGCUCGAAAAAUGGGGUUCCCUGAGAUCAUCCUUCCUGGUGACGUCCGGAAUGACAUCUACGUCACCCUGAUCCAGGGUGAGUUUGACAAAGGCAAGAAGAAAACCCCCAAGAACGUUGAGGUCACCAUGUCCGUGCACGACGAGGAUGGCAACCUGCAGGAGAAAGCCAUCCACCCCGGGGCUGGCUACGAGGGAGUCUCGGAGUACAAGUCUGUGGUUUAUUACCAGGUCAAGCAGCCCUGCUGGUACGAGACUGUCAAGGUAGCCAUUGCCAUAGAAGAAGUCAGUCGCUGCCACCUGAGGUUCACGUUCCGUCACCGCUCGUCCCAGGAGUCCAGGGAUAGGUCUGAGAGAGCUUUUGGCAUGGGCUUUGUGAAGCUGAUGAAUGCAGAUGGAACGACGCUGCAGGAUGGCAAACACAGUUUGAUCAUUUACAAGGGUGACAACAAGAAAAUGGAAGAUGCCAGGAGUUAUUUGACCCUUCCUUGCACCAAAACAGAGAUGGAGGAGAAGGAGCCUCCCUCAGGAAAAAACCUGUACCCUCUGGCCAACUUCACUCCCACCAAGGAUAGCACCAAGGACAGCUUCCAGAUCGCCACCAUCAUCUGCUCCACCAAACUCACCCAGAAUGUUGACCUGCUGGGUUUGCUGAACUGGCGCUCCAACUCCCACAACAUCGCCCACAACCUCAGGAAGCUCAUGGAGGUGGAAGGAGGAGAAAUCGUGAAGUUUUUGCCAGACACCCUCGAUGCACUUUUCAACAUCAUGAUGGAAAUGUCAGAAAAUGAAACCUAUGAUUUCCUGGUGUUUGAUGCCCUGGUAUUUAUUAUUUCUCUGAUUGGAGACAUCAAGUUCCAGCAUUUCAACACCGUGCUUGAGACUUAUAUUUACAAACACUUCAGUGCAACCCUGGCCUAUGUGAAACUCACCAAAGUCCUGAACUGCUACGUGGGGAAUGCUGAGGACUCCAGCAAGACAGAGCUGCUCUUUGCAGCCCUGAAAGCCCUGAAAUACCUGUUUAGAUUCAUCGUACAGUCGCGGGUAUUGUACCUGAGUGUUUAUGGGAAAAGUGAGGAUGGGAAUGAAUUCAAUGAUGCAAUUCGCCAGCUGUUCCUCUCCUUCAACAUCCUCAUGGAUCGGCCCCUGGAGGAGGCUGUCAAGAUCAAGGGGGCAGCUUUGAAGUAUUUGCCAAGCAUCAUCAAUGAUGUCAAACUGGUAUUUGACCCCGUUGAGCUCAGUGUCCUCUUCAGCAAGUUCAUCCAGAGCAUCCCUGACAACCAGCUGGUCCGGCAGAAGCUGAACUGCCUGACCAAGAUCGUGGAGAGUGACCUGUUCAAGCAGGCUGAGUGCAGAGAUGCCCUCCUGCCCCUGCUCAUAGAUCAACUCAGUGGGCAGCUGGAUGACAACUCCAGCAAGCCUGACCACGAGGCCAGCUCCCAGCUCCUGAGCAAUGUCCUGGAGGUCCUGGACCGCAAAGAUGUGGGUACCACUGCUCUGCACACCCAGCUGAUGAUGGAGCGGCUGCUGCGCCGGGUCAACCGCACGGUGAUCGGGAUGAGCCGCCAGUCCCCGCACAUCGGGAUUUUCGUGGCCUGCAUGACAGCCAUCCUGAGGCAGAUGGAUGAUUUCCAUUACAGCCAUUACAUCAACACUUUCAAAACCAGGCAGGACAUCAUCGACUUCCUGAUGGAAACGUUCAUUAUGUUCAAGGACCUGAUUGGGAAGAACGUAUACGCAGCUGACUGGAUGGUCAUGAACAUGAUGCAGAGCAGGGUUUUCCUGCGGGCAGUGAACCAAUUCACCACUGUCCUCAACCGCUUCUUCCUGGAUCAAGCUCAUUUUGAGCUCCAGCUCUGGAAUAACUAUUUCCACCUGGCAGUGGCCUUCCUCACUCACGAGUCCCUCCAGCUGGAGACCUUCUCUCAGGCCAAACGCAACAAAAUCAUCAAGAAGUAUGGGGACAUGAGGAAAGAAAUUGGCUUCAAAAUCAGGGAUACGUGGUAUAACCUGGGUCCUCACAAAAUAAAAUUCAUCCCAGCAAUGGUGGGGCCAAUCCUGGAGGUGACCCUGGUCCCAGAGCCUGAGCUGAGGAAAGCGACUAUUCCCAUUUUUUUUGACAUGAUGCAGUGUGAGUUCAACUUCAGUGGGAACGGGAACUUCCACAAGUUUGAAAACGAGCUGAUCACCAAGCUGGACCAGGAGGUGGAGGGGGGCCGAGGGGAUGAGCAGUACAAGGUCCUGCUGGAGAAACUGCUCCUGGAGCACUGCAGGAAGCACAAGUACCUGUCAGCCCCGGGAGAGGUGUUUGCCCUGCUGGUCAGCAGCCUCCUGGAGAACCUGCUGGACUACCGGACCAUCAUGCAUGACGAGAGCAAGGAGAACCGCAUGAGCUGCACUGUCAACGUGCUGAAUUUUUACAAGGAGAAGAAGCGAGAGGACAUUUACAUCAGGUAUCUGUACAAACUCAGGGACCUGCACUCAGACUGUGAGAACUUCACCGAGGCUGCCUACACCCUGCUCCUGCACGCUGAGCUGCUCCAGUGGUCAGAGAAGCCCUGUGUCCCCCACUUGCUGCAGAGGGACACCUACUAUGUGUACUCCCAGCAGGAGCUCAAGGAGAAACUCUACCAGGAGAUCAUCUCCUUCUUCGACAGGGGCAAGAUGUGGGAAAAAGCCAUUCAGCUGAGCAAGGAGUUGGCUGACAUGUAUGAAAACAAGGUCUUUGACUACGAGGGACUUGGUAAUCUCCUGAAAAAAAGAGCUACUUUUUAUGAGAAUAUCAUGAAGGCCAUGAGACCUCAGCCCGAGUACUUUGCUGUGGGAUACUAUGGACAGGGUUUUCCCUCUUUCCUGCGGAACAAGAUGUUCAUCUACCGUGGCAAGGAGUAUGAGCGGAGAGAGGAUUUUAACCUGAAGCUGCUGACCCAGUUCCCCAGUGCUGAGAAGAUGACCAGCACAGCCCCUCCAGCAGAGGAGAUCAAGGCUUCCCCCAAACAGUAUGUGCAGUGCUUCAUUGUAAAGCCUGUGAUGAACCUGCCACCUCAUUACAAAGACAAACCUGUUCCUGAACAGAUCUUAAACUACUACAGAGCCAACGAGGUGCAGCAAUUCACCCACUCCAGACCCAUCAGGAAAGGAGAGAAGGAUCCAGACAAUGAGUUUGCUAACAUGUGGAUAGAAAGGACAACCUACACGACAGCUUAUUCCUUUCCGGGCAUCCUCAAGUGGUUUGAGGUCAAACAGGUCACGACGGAGGAGAUCAGCCCCCUCGAGAAUGCCAUCGAAACCAUGGAGUUCACCAACGAGAAGAUCACUAACAUUGUCCAGCAGCACACGUGGGACCGGAGCCUGCCCGUGCACCCCCUGUCCAUGCUGCUCAACGGCAUCGUGGACCCUGCCGUCAUGGGCGGCUACACCAACUAUGAAAAGGCGUUCUUCACAGAGAAAUAUCUCCAAGAACAUCCUGAAGAUCAAGACAAGAUCGAGCUGCUCAAGCAGCAGAUUGCUAUACAGAUGCCUCUCCUGGCAGAGGGGAUCCGGAUCCAUGGGGAAAAGCUGACGGAGCAGCUGAGGCCCCUGCACGAGAGGCUCACAGCCUGCUUCAGGGAGCUCAGGAGGAAGGUGGAGACGCAGUACGGGGUCAUAAGUCUGGCCCCAGCGCUGACCGAGAGGAAGCCGAGCAGGUCGGGCUCGCUGGUGCUGCCCUACAUCAUGUCCUCCACCCUCAGGAGGCUCUCGGUCACCUCCGUGGCCUCAUCUGUGGCCUCCACCUCGUCCACCUCAUCCGACAGUGCUUCCUCCAGGCCGGGCUCGGACGGAUCUACCCUGGAGCCUCUCUUGGAGAGGAGAAUAUCCACAUCUUCCAGAGCUGAGGAGCUGCCCGUGAAAGACGAUGGUGACAACAGGAUUAGCAAACUCAAGAGGAAGGAGUGGAGCAUUAGCAAGUCUCAGGUUAUUGUGGAGAAGGAGCCAGAAACAGAACUGACUUCCAAAAUUCAGGGCCCGGCGGGGAAGGUGCAGAGACCCAAGAGCCUGCAGCUGGGGGACACCAGGCUGAGCCUGCUGCAGGGCUCCUCACUGCAGCCAGCCACCUGCAGCCCUCCCCCCAUCACCCCCAAAACCCCCCGGACCCACAGCUUCCCCUCCUUGCAGGCUGAUGGGUUGGCCACGCCACCCCCCCCUCCACCCAAAAGCAAACCCUACGAGAGCAGCACCCCCAGGAACUCGGUGGAGGUUGCUCCGCCACUGCCCAGCAGACGCGAGGCCAAACCUCCCCCUCCACCCCCAAAAACCAGGAAAUCCAGCGUGGUGUCCUCGGAGCAGGGGCUGCAGUGAGGAUUUGGGGUCACAGCAACGCCCAGCAUGCAGCGGUUGCUUCAUUUCCAGCCAGCCUGCUGAUCUCCCCUGCCAUUCCACCUGGAGUUUUCCUGGGAAAUGCCACCAAAGACAUGUUGUUGGGACUGGAUUCCCUCCCCUCUGUUUGCCUGUGCAGUGCUGACACACUAAUCCAGAUGUCUUCCUGCUGGAAUUCUCUCUCCUGGUCUUGUUUGUCAUGAGUUUCUGCAAUCCCAGCAGCUCCUUCCCAGUGUAACUGGGAAUCCUGGGGGAGAUCUCACUGGUGGUUUCCUGGGAGUUUCCUGACUAGGUCAGGGUCUCUGCUCAGCUUGUGCUUGGUUUGAUCUCAUUUUGUGCUUUUUAACGUGGAAAAAAAUCGCUCCUGGGAAUGUUUGAGGUGACAGAAGUUGCACUUUUGCCAGGGCUGGACGGGUGGCACCUGCACUGAUACCAGGACUGGUACAAGACCCAUAAACAGCUUGUGGCCUGUUUGUUAUUUAUCAUCGAACUUGAUGAAGAUUUUGUUUUGUCUUGGAGGAAAUAAGUUUAUUAAUUCUGUCAUUUUGUUUCUGAUUAUCUUGUAGGAGUUGGGAAGAGCCACUAAAACCCUGCUGAGGGUGUUGCUCACAGCAGGAACGGCAAUUACUGUUGGGCGGGGGGUUCCCAGGCCAUUAUUGUGCUCCCCUGACUGAAAUGGGUUUCUGACCUUACUGAAAAACCAAAGUUUGUUAAACCAAAUGAAAAGUUCCCUCAGCAAAGGAAAACCAAACCCAACAAAACCCAGCCCGACAAAAACCACCCCCAGGAGGGUUUUGUUCAGACUGAAGUUAUCAUUUCCUUUUGUUCUUCCCAAUUCUUUUGAUGUCAGUGUGACUGCAGGAGCUGCUGUGCUGCUGCCCAGCUCUGUAAGCAGAUUGUCCUCAUCCCAGAGUCAUCCCAGCUUCCCAAACCUCCGGCUUGGAGCUCCUCUGGAGGUGGCACUGCAGUCACAUCCCAUCCAUCCCCAGCCUCACUGCUGCCUGCACUUCCAGCUAUCUCCGGCCUGCUGCUUCUCAGGGGAAAUCUUGGGAGUCUUCCUGGACACCCUGGCCAGGUUUUCCCCCUCUCUGGGGCUUUGCAGGACAUGUCAGCUCCUUGUUGUGUUUUUGGGCACAGACACUGCUUGACUUGAAAGCCACUGGGUUUUCUUGUCUUGGCGUUUUCUGCCCACCCUCCCUAGUGCUGUCACCGCGGCCUCCUGAGCCCGGCAUCCUCUGACAUCCAACUACAACUUCUUGUCUGGGCUGAGAACUUCGGGCAGAACAACAGGAUGUAGUCUGAGCUGUCUGAAGCACAUCUCAACAGCACCGAUUGUUAAUUCAGAAUAUUGUUAAUUCAGUGCUUUUCCCCACUCUGAAUCUGCCGCCGGUGCUCGGUGCUUUCAGGGGAGGUUGGGUUUAACUCCCUGCGUGAAUCAGCAGGAGCACAGGAGGAGUCCCAGGAAUGGUUUCCCUGGUGUGGGCAAACAGACUGAGCUGUCAGGUUUGGGUGUUUCGGAUCUGAGUCACUUUGGAGUCCUCUUUCCCAGCCUUUUGCUUCGGCUUUAACAACCUUAACACUUGGAGGUACCUUGUGCAUCCAGGUUUUUUCCUGGAGAAAGGGACCACUCCAUGCACAAAACACUGACAGGAGGAACUUUGACCCUGGGAAGAAUUUUUCAGCUGAUCUUUAACCAGCUUUUUACUCUUUUACUCGGCAGGUUUGGCUCUGGCUGCGUUUUUUGCAGAUUCCAAACAGAAUUCUUGGCACCUCUGUGGUUGAUUCUCCUUCCAUGGACCAAAUCCUCUGGUGGACCAGGGUGAGCUUUUCCAAAGACUACAGCAGGGAGGAAAAAUAACCAAAUAAUGUGAUUUUAUGGCUGUUCAAAAGCACGAGGUUCACCUGAUUCUUCUCUCUGAACAUUAAUUCAAGCACCUUUAGCACAGUUUGGGCACUCCAGCAGUUACUCAAAGGAGGUUCACACCUUAACCUGUUUUUCAGGUCCACGUGGUGCUGGUUUGUAUUUUUAGGCAGAGGUGGAAGCACCUCAAUUAAUCAAAUGUAUAUUUGAUCAAUUUUUCUCACUGUGGUAUUACACAGAUUUAAUCACUCAAAACCCUGAGCCUUGUUUGUGGUGAAUUCAGGAGGAUUUAGGUGUUGUGGGAGGCGUUUUUGUGUGUUCUGGGAUAUCCUAGGUUGGUGGUUUCAUUGCAGACUCACUUUUGCAGACUGCAAAUAUGGUGUUUGGGGUUUUUUUCCAGUCCUUUGCAACUUAAUCGGUAAAAAAUACAGUUUUAAGGUGGCUCUGGGGAGAGCAGGAGCUUUGGGAAGGGACUGCAGCUCUCUGGGUAAAUGCCACAUGAUUCACUAAAUCUGUAAAGCAAGG